AUGCACCAUACCCCUUCUACAAACAAUGUGUUGUACUCAGCACCAAGCAUUCGAGACCUACCGAUGAGGAUGCCCAGAAGAAGGGCAUCACGGUCUUCAUUGUCAUCGCUCGCCAACUGCUCGUCCUCGUCUCAGCGUCAGUCCGAGCAUGCAGCCUGCGCGGCACAAAGUUCACCAGAGUCGUCGUCGAAAUGUUUGGACAGCUGUUUGAAGGAGCUUCUAUUCAGCGAUUUCCGACUCCAAAACAAGAAGGAGGUAUCGAUAUCCUCGGUGUCCACCGCAGCUACCGUUGCAACAGAGGACGAUGAGGAUAACCAACGGGUGGUUCGCUUCGCCCCCGUAACAUUGACAGCUUCGAUCAUGUGCCUUCAAAACUACACACCCACAGAAGUCGAGGCCUGUUGGUACACUCGCUCUGAGCUUGAUCAUUUGCGGCACAAGACAAGCAGAAAACUCCGUCGAAGGUCGUUUUGUCCGCAGCACCCUGCUCCCUUGAAUAAAGAAGAAGACAGAAGAUGGAGCGCGUAG